AUGGAAACAACAUCUAGUUCAACACAGCCACAGCAACGCCCAGAUGUUCGUGUUUACUUAGAAGAAAAGGUUUUCCCGAUUCUUACAACUGGAUUAGACGAACUUUUAACAGCUGUUGAAGAAAGAGAAAAGAAAAUUAAAGAUGGAGAAGAAGUUCCUGAAAUAAAUCCGUCAUUCUUCCUUGCAAGAUAUUUAAUGCGUUGUGCCCAACAGAAAAGUCACUCAACUUCAACAGAAGAAUCAGCAGCGAUUAGCACUCACAGAAGUGAAAAAUCAGACGAAGAACAGAAAGAAGAACAACCUACAGAGGAAAAUGCUCCUGAAGAAGAAGCCAAAUAA